AAAAACAAAGCGAAAUGUUAUUGAUUUCCUUAGUUUAAUUUUAAUCGUUAAUGCCUAUCCAUAUCAAAGCGGAUAGCAUUGAUCUAUUUACUAAUACUGGAAUCAAAUCAAGAAAGUGUCAGGACAAAAUAUAUAUAUAAUUUUAAAACAGCAAAACUAAUUCAGCAAGCUACAUAUAGUAAAACUGUAAAAUGUAUAUUCGCUACGCGCUUUUGCCUUUGCUUAUUUGUUCCGUUUGGCGAAUUAGCAAUGCGGAUUUUCCCGACGAUCCGAAGCCAUGUAAAUUUGGAGAUGACGAAUGUUUACUGAAAGCUGUAAAUUUUUAUUUGAGUGACAAAAAUCAAGGUGACUCAGCAAUUAAUUUGCUUAAAAUUGAUCCACUCGAUGCUGGCACAUUUACACUCAAGCAAGGAGCGGACAAUCCUGUGAAUAUUGACCUAACAUUUAUCAAAAACAAAAUCACCGGCGUUGCCCAUGCUCAGGCAUACAAAGUUAGAGGCUUUGGCAAAGAUUUAGCCAAGAAACAUGAGCUGCGUUUCAAAGUGCCCGUAGCUAGCUUGAUCGGUGACUACAAGAUUCAAGGACGCGUUUUAAUUUUACCAAUAAGUGGUUCGGGCAAAAAUAAUAUUACCAUGUUGAAUGCGGAUUUCGUACUCCAGUGGGUGGGUGUGCCCGUGGAAAAGGAUGGAGCAACCUAUAUGAAAACGGACAAAUUUAGGGCAAUCGUUAAGCCCAAUAAAGUGAUUUUCGAUUUCCAAAAUCUUUUCAACGGCGACAAAGCGCUGGGUGAUAAUAUGAAUUUGUUUUUAAAUGAAAAUUGGAAAGAAAUCUAUCAGGAAGUUGAAGCAACAUUUUCGAAAGAAAUAUCUCGAUUGAUGGGAAAUGUUGUCGAUGCAGUUUUCUCUAAAACGCCAUAUAAUAAAUUAUUUACGGAAUAAAUACAAAAUAAAUAAAAAAACAAAGCAAAUAUUUCAAGGA